CACAGAUUUUAAUUGAGAAUGCAUAUGUAUGACCGAAGAGAAAAAGCCCAGUGAUAUUGCUUUGAGCCUUUACCACCCACCUAAAACCCCUUAUCUAAAAAAGGAGACAAAAGCUGAAAGCCAUGGAAGCUCAAGGCCUUCCCCCUCUUUCCAAGCCAAAGGGGACCCUCACUGCAACUUCAGGUUCUUCUUAUCCUAUCAGAGCUCCCCCUUCUCUUGAUUCUGAUAUUGAUGAAAACAUUAUAGAAGAUAGCAAUGAUAACAGUAAUAACAGUACAAACGCUUUAAUGAUGGGGAACAAAAUAGGUAACAGUAAUGUCAAUAAUGGGGGCAGUAGUGACAGUGGCGAUGAUAUUGAGGAAGAUAGCUUUUUGAGUGGGGAGGAUGACUUUGACACAGCGUCUGAGAGGCCUUUUGUGGCGGACCCAGAUGAUGAAACCCUAGAAUUGGAAAUGGAGGAUGAGGAAUUUGAGACCCCUUUUCUUGGUGAUAGUGGGGAGGAGAAGGUUAGAGCUGGGGUUGUCCCUUCUGGUUCGAAAAAUCCUGGGGUUUUGAUGCCAGUCGCUCAGGUGUCUGGUGAAGACGAGGAUGAGGGUUUGGGUGAGGGAGAGAGUGAGGAGGAUGAUGGGUAUUCAAGCUCGGUUAGGGUUCCUAAAGUUGCAGAGGUUGAUCGUGAAAAAGGGGUCUCUGAUUCCUUGGUUUCAGAUGAAGUUACUGGGAAACGUCAAUUGGGUUCCAGUCCUCUGGCUUCAGAGACCAUUGAUGAGCCUAAAACUGGCGUUCCGGAGGUGGAGAAUUCCACUGUUUUAGGGCCUAGCUCUCAAAAGGAGGUAGAACCUGGAAAAACUGAGGUUUCAGCUAUUGGAUCUGAUGAACAAUCUCAAUUUGAAGAUAACGAAAAGUCUGAAACCUCAGAAUCAGUGGGCUUGGCUCCAAAAGCCACUGUUCAAGAGGUAGACAGAACUGGGGGCUCAACUACGAGUAAUGAAUCCAAUGUAAAAUCUGAUGUUGGAGAUAAUUCAGUAGUUGAAGUCUCUGGUUUGGAGGCCACUGAACAAAAAACUGGUGAUGGUGAAGCUGAGAAAGCUGUGGGUUCGAGCACUGUUUCAGGCGGAGUCGCAGAGCUUGAAAAGAGUCCAGUUGUUGAGAGCUCACAACCAGAGGUUUCUCAGCUGGAAACAGGGGUUGAAGAGGGAAGAAGCAAUGGAGUUUUGACGGGUGGGUCUGACAGAAAGCUUGAAGUUGAGGUGGACUCGAAAACGGGAACUGUAGAUUCAGGGGAGGCUGACGAUAAAACUGAUGUUGCAGAGGUAAAUAAUGAGCCUUGUGAGAACCCUGUAACUGAAGCAAAACCACAAGUCAUAACCCUGGUUUCAGAGAGUAAUGAAAUGAAAGCAAAGAAUGAGGAGCCGAGUGUGGAGUCCAGUGUAGAAGCUGAGUCAAAGAAUUGUGACGCUAUUGUUCGUGGCAAUGCUUCUAAAACAGGUGUGACUUUGAACCCUGAUGCACAGGAAGAAACCAUAGACACAGAGCCCAACCAUGAGAAAGGAACAAUUUGUCCUAUUUUAGAAGCUAUUAACUCGGAGAAUUCAAAUGCAUCAGUAGCUGAAGUAAUUCAUAAAACCAAAGCCGUGGAUCUCUCUUUAACCGCUCGUGAAGGUGGCUUUGGAGAUACUGAGGCAGAGGGAGAAAAAAGUGUCAGUGAAUCCAAACUCAAGUCUUCCCGCUCAAAUGAACAUUCUUACUCUGAUGUAGAUGAGGUAGAAGCGUCAGAAGCUUCAGAGCCAUUGGUUCAAAAUAUGGAAGAAGAGAUCAAGAUGAUUCUCCUCAAAGACUACAUCAAUUCUGAAUACCAAAACCCCACACUUCCUCCCAAUACAUUGGCAGCUGAAACAGCCCAACAGAUAGUAAACGAAAUGGAGAAGAACUCAUCCAUGUAUCUCCAAAAAAUGGAUGAUCGAGUUGUGUCAGAAUCAGAUGAAGAAGUAGAAACUGAUGAAGAAGAGCAAGAUGGCAAAGAAGAGCUAUUUGAUUCAGCUGCCUUAGCUGCUCUUUUAAAGGCGGCAAGUAGUGGUGGUACUUCAGAUAACACCAUAACUAUCUCACCUUCCGAUGCACCAAGGCUGUUUUCCAGUGAUCCUCCUGCUGGAUUGGGAUCAUCCAUGCCCUCAUUGAGGCCUACACCCCGGCAAAACCGUCCAAAUAUUUUUACCCAAGCAGAAGUUGCAGCCUUGGGGGACCAAGACACCACAAUGGAUGAAGAAGAAAAGAAAUUGCACGAGAAGAUACAAAACAUAAGGGUGAAGUUUCUUCGGCUUGUUCACCGGUUAGGCCAUUCAUCCGAAGAUGUAGUGGCUGCCCAAGUUUUGUAUCGCUUAGGGUUAGCUGAGGGGAUUAAGCGGGGCUGGCAUGGAAGGCGAGGCGUUGGGCUUGAGGCUGCGAAGCAAGAGGCCAAGCAACUUGAGACUGAUGGUGGGUCUCCCCUUGAUUUCUCGUGCACAAUUUUGGUUCUUGGAAAAACUGGGGUUGGCAAGAGUGCGACUAUAAACUCAAUUUUUGGAGAAACAAAGGCCCGAACUAAUGCUUUCGAGCCAUCAACCCCAACUGUGAGAGAGAUUAAUGGGGUUCUUAAUGGGGUAAAGGUGAAGAUUAUCGACAGUCCAGGUCUUAUGCCUUCAGUGAUGGACCAGAGUGCGAAUAAGAAGGUGUUAUUAUCGAUAAAGAAGUUCACAAAGAGGUGUCCUCCUGAUAUAGUCUUAUAUGUGGAUCGGCUUGAUACACAGAGUAGGGACUAUAAUGAUUUGCCUCUCUUGAGGUCGAUAACUAGUACUCUUGGGGCCUCGAUUUGGUUCAAUGCUAUUGUGGCUCUCACUCAUGCUGCAUGUGCACCCCCUGAUGGUGCCAAUGGAGCACCACUAAGCUAUGAGGUCUUUGUGGCUCAACGCUCACAUGUUGUUCAACAUUCAAUAAGGCAGGCAGCGGGUGACAUGAGGCUAAUGAACCCGGUUUCUUUAGUUGAGAACCACCCUUCUUGUCGAAAGAACAGAGAGGGCCACAAGGUCUUGCCUAAUGGACAAGCCUGGAGACCCCAACUCUUGGUCUUGUGCUACUCAUCAAAGAUACUUUCAGAGGCCAACGCUCUCCUCAAGCUCCAAGACUCAAGUCCUGGAAAGCUCUUUGGGUUAAGAAUUCGGUCCCCCCCGCUCCCUUUCCUUCUCUCCUCUCUCCUCCAAUCCCGGCCCCACCCCAAGCUUGCAACUGAUCAAGGGGGCGAUAAUGGUGACUCCGACAUAGACUUGGAUGAUAUCUCCGAUUCCGAUCAAGAGGGAGAUGAAGAUGAAUACGAUCAACUCCCCCCCUUCAAGCCCUUGAAGAAGGCACAAUUGGCCAAACUUAGCAAAGAUCAAAGGAAGGCCUAUUUUGAAGAGUUUGAUUACAGGGUGAGGUUGCUUCAAAGGAGGCAAUGGAAAGAGGAGCUCCAACAAAUUAAGAAGGCAAAGAAGAGGGCAUCGGCUGGUGAAUCAAUUGUAAGCGAGUUUCCAAAUGAGGAUUAUGAUGUGGGGCCUGCGGCUGUGCCGGUUCCGCUUCCCGACAUGGUGUUGCCCCCAUCAUUCGACGGUGAUAACGCCGGUUACCGAUAUCGUUUUCUUGAACCCAGCUCUCACCUUCUGAGCCGCCCUGUUUUAGAUACACAUGGAUGGGAUCAUGACUGUGGUUAUGAUGGUGUGAGCCUUGAAGAAACCCUCGCAAUUCUUAACAAAUUCCCUGCUGCCUUAUCUGUCCAAAUAACUAAAGACAAGAGGGAGUUCAAUAUCCACUUGGAUUCUUCGGUCUCAGCCAAGCAUGGCGAGCAUGGCUCAAGCAUGGCUGGCUUUGAUAUACAGACAGUGGGCAAGCAAUUGGCCUACAUUUUUCGAGGUGAAACUCGGUUUAAAAACUUCUACAAGAAUCGAACUGGAGCUGGGUUCUCGGUUACAAUUUUGGGGGACACCAUAGCGACCGGGCUCAAGAUUGAGGACCGGCUUCCUAUUGGGAAGAGGCUCAAUUUAGUGGGAAGUGCAGGAGGCGUUCAAGCCGGUAGCGAUUUGGCUUGUGGGGCCAAUUUGGAGGUUAGACUGAGAGAGGGAGACUAUCCAAUUGGGCAAGACCAGGCCACGCUGGGGCUUUCGCUUAUGAGGUGGAGAGGGGACUUGGCAUUGGGUGCUAAUUUGCAGUCCCAGUUUUCGAUUGGUCGUAAUACGAAGAUGGCUGCUCGAGUGGGGUUGAAUAAUAAGAUGACAGGGCAAAUUACAAUUAGGACAAGCAGCUCGGAACAGGUACAAAUUGCGUUAUUUGGGAUUAUUCCUCUGGCUGCUCUAUUGUUUCGGAGCCUGUGGGGUGGUCGUGAGUCACAGUUUGGGCGCUAGAGUUUGAAGAGCCAUUUUUGUGGGUCCAGUUGUUUUGUUGGUGGUACAGCAGUGAAAGACUUUUAGGGUUUGAAGAGCUUUUCCGGUUUUUGCACUUGGGUUUUGAAGAGCCUUUUUUGUGGUGCACAGGUACUCUCUCUCUCUCUCUCUCUCUCUCUCUCUCUCUCUUGUUAUGGGGUUGUGGUUGUUAGUACGGUGCAGGUGUCAUUUUUGGGGUUUUUGUUUUGGUUCUUCUAAGCCAAUAUUUUUCUAUUGAGAAUUUUGCUUUUUCUGUGAGAGUUAUAGGGCUUUGUAGCAAGGCAAGUGGUUUCCUAUCGUAAGGCUCUAUAGAUUUGGAGAUGAUAAGUACGGUGGAACCUAAUAAGGCUUAAUUUGUUUGAAUGUCCAGUAUUAUUUCUGUUGCAAUUCAUGUUCGAAUUCUAUUACUUUUUUAUGUUGUUUGUUUUGAGUUAUUUUUUUUAA